AUGGCUCAGCCAACGGACAAUGUCGUGGACCAAGUCGCGCAGCUCAACGCCGCCCGCAGCCUCGUUCUCGGUGAUGCUGCCUUCUACCCGCAGAUCGUGAAUGGUAUCUUGCCCAUCGUCGGAGCUAGCACUCGGCUGGAACUUCGGAGAUGGGGCGCAAGUUUUCUGGCAGAAACCUUUGCUAGUCCGAUGCUAGCUGUAGCACAAAAGGAACAGCUGGCGCCGAAUGUCUUGCAGACAAUCCGUGAGAUCUUAGAGUUGCCGGAGACCGACAUCGCAGUCCUACAGAGCUUAGUGCAAACUUCAGCUAGCUUGUAUCCCCUCGUCUUCAGACAUGUAGUGAACCACCCACAGGACGGCAAAUCAUGGGAGGUAAUGAGUGCGAUCAAGCAGGACAUUCUUAGGAGAAUGGACUCAUUUCCGUGUCCGGUUAAGCUUUGCUGCGCCAAGUUCAUCCAGCGCGUGGUUCAAGUCCAGACGCCUGGAUUGAUUUCGGACCCGAGGCGUCCCGAGCAAAACGAGACAUCUUUGGCCGUCGUUCCCCGAAACCAUGCUGUUCUGUCAAUCCCCAAUUUGGAAGCUGAAUCAUCAGGUCUCCUUGAUCGACUACUAGGUGUUUUCCAAGAGGAGACUAGUGAUGCUCUUCUUGUAAAUGCGACUUUGAACUGCCUUCCUCCUCUCAUCCGGACGCGCCAGUCCAUCGCAAACAAGAUCGUCAACACAGUUCUGGAGUUCUAUCCCGCCAAACAUGUCCGCCCCCCAUUCACUCCGACUGUUCGAGUCAGCGUUAAGUCCAUGGAGCGGACAGCUCGGGCUCUGGUCAUCAACAUUUUGAAGAAGAAUCCGAACCACCCUCUGGCUGGUCGAAUGCAGAUGUAUAUUGAGCGUCUCAUGCAAUCACGCCUUGAGGUCACUGAUGACGCAUCGCGCAAACGUGGAUUGCCAAACGAACCUACCGACGGGCUUGACAACGCUAAGCGGGCACGUCUUAAUGCUUUGACUCCACCCAUACUUAAGAUUCCCCCGAUGGCACCGGGGCCCGCAAGCUUCGAUCGACUAUUCACUUUGACUGAGGACACCGGACUGUCUUCCUUCGACGUGAAACAACUUCCAAUUGAUCUAGUCCUUAAGAUUGUUGUACCUCUAUUGUCGCAGGUACAUGACUCGACACUCACACAGGCUGUCGAUGCUGUUCGCACUCGGUAUCAGACAAUCACCAAAGACCAAAAUUUGCAACGGCAGCAGCAACUGAAAGCAGCAGUCCCAGACGACGAUGACGACUAUGAGCCUGAAUACCAGCCUAUGGAUGUAGCGUCUGUCGUUUCAGAAGAAGCCAGUGCAGUUGCCGCAGAGGUAGCAGAUCUCCAACCAGAACUGGUCUCUCUGGGUCCGUUCGUCCUGCCACAGCCUCCUCCAUUGAGUGAAGAAGAAGCUGGAGAAAUCGGACGGAGUGCCGUUGCACGCGUGUUCGGUAUGCUCAACGCAGCUGAAUCGUCCCCACCACCUGCCAAGGCUCAGAGCCAACAGAAGCUCGGAUUUGCCCGGUUAGCAGGCAGCACAUUCGAUCGAGAUGCGUGGUCUGUUCUUCUUGCUCGGCUAGCUACAAGGGCUCCAGCCGGUUUAGAACCUGGCCAGCAAGGCAAAGGAGAUUCUGUCGCACGUAAGCAAACCACCAUUGCUGACUCGAUCCGCGAGACGCUGUAUCGAUUCAUCUUGGAAGAUUUCCGAGGACGCCUCAACAUUGCUAUUAUCUGGCUCAAUGAAGAAUGGUAUAAUGACCGAAUGCAAAUGAAAAAUGCUGCCAGUCAGCGGGACGAACCCGAUGGAGAGUCGGAGCCGACUGUGGCUCUUAAUUACGAUACUUGGGCUACCCGUCUUUUGGAUGGCUUCUUGGCUUACUUGGACUCACGAGAUAUCAAGGUUCUGGUCCGAUUCCUCAAUCCGGAACGUGUCAACCUCUGUGUUCAAUCAUUGAUGUACCUGAUCAUGUUCCGACCCCCGGCUCGAGAGAUGUGUCUGAACACAGUCGAGGAUGUUUACCAGACUUACGAGGAAUCUCGACCUGCUGCUGGAAAAGUCCUCACCAAGUGGCGCCCGCAAAGCAAAGUUCUGGGGAGUACUGCAAACGGAGCUUCAGACCCAUCGGCAGCACCUCCCCAGCCGGAAGCGCAGCCUGCCACUUCAGAACAAUAA